UUGAUAAGAUUAAGAACAAGAGAAAUUGACGAAAAUUCUUAAUAAUUGUGAUGAAACUUAGGGAUUUUUUAUACAAUUGCAGUGCGUAAAAUAAACAAUAAAAUGGACGUGCAGCCGCCAAGAGACGCAAGUUUACGCAAUAUAAUAGACAAAUUGGCUGAGUUUGUCGCACGUAAUGGGCCGGAGUUUGAAGCAAUUACCAAACAAAAGCAGCAAAACAAUCCAAAGUUUGAGUUUCUUUAUGGCGGCGAGUUUGCCAGUUAUUACCAGUACCGUGUGGCAUCAGAGCAAGCAAUGCUAAAACAACAAGCCAGCGGCAUACCCCCAGGUGCUCAUUACAUGCAAACACCGCCAAUCCCAAUGCAAUCACAACAAACUCACGUUCAUUACGCGCCGCCAAAUCAGCAUACGCAGCAGCAGCCGCCACAAGUGCCACCUAAUAUGCAUGACAAUACACAAGACAUACUGCCUCAACAAGCGCAUCAUAUGUGGGCGCCAAAUGCAAAUACAGUCGGCGGGCCACCAACAGGAAACGCUCAAGCGUCGACAAAUGGCACAGCGUUGGCCAUAAGCCUUAGUGCACAGUUGGACACUAUUAAAAUGCAACAAAGCACCUUGCGGGACCAAAUCAAACAGUCGGAUGCUAAUCUUGCCGCACAACAUACGGCGCUGAUGACGCAAAAGACAAAGCAGAUCGACGAUGCGAUUGCAGCGGCACAUUCAACGCAGCUGGAGCUAUUGGCCAAUGAUCAGUGCAUUGUAUUGCGGGAUUUUGAUGCCGUACUUCAACCGAUCAUUGAGUCGUGCACCAAGGAUAGUAUAUCAGCAGGCAAGAACUGGAUUUUACAGCAUUCAACCGACAGCGCAAAAAUCAAUGUCGUUUUACAAUAUCUUUUAAAGAAGGCUUUGGUCAAUGGUUCAACGUUUCAGCAAAAGUUGCAUCUUAUAUAUUUAGUUAAUGAUAUACUCCAUCAUUGCAUGCGCAAGAGCAUAAACGAUUUGAAGAAUAAUCUGGAGAACGUUGUUAUUCCAAUGUUUUGCAGCGCAGAUCUAAUUGCCAGCAGUGACCAACGUCAGAAGCUCGCCAAGUUGCUGUCGCUAUGGGAAUCCAAGGCAAAGUUUUUCGAUGCAUGCGUCAUAUCCAAGCUUAAGUCGCCGGAUUCCUCUAUGCAGGAGUAUAAAACAAAUGUGCAGAAUACACAUAAUGAUAUUGUCAACAAAUUCACACACAGCACUAAAGCAACGCUGGACAACUAUCAAAAGCAGCAUCAGGCCUUUAUGCAGCAUGCCACACAGCAGAUAGCUCAAUUGGAGCAGCAAAAGUUGCAGCUGGAGCAGCAAAUACUUGUUGCUCAACAGGCACAACAGAAGCAGCAGCAGCAGCAACAGCUUUCGCCAGGCACCCCACAGUCGAAGGGUAUACCGUCGCUAAUGUCACAACGUAUUGCCAUGCCAGGCGUAGACAAUGAGCACAUGAACACACCGCCACCGCCAAACACGCAUGAACAUCCAACCACCAGCGGCAAUAUGUAUGCAGGCUACCAGCAACCACCACAACAACAGCAGCUCAACAAUUAUGUGGAUGUGCGUGGGCCAAACUUUUUCAUUCCCGACAUGUCUAAGCCACCGCCUGGCUUUGGUCCCCCAAUUCAGCCACAUCCACAUCCACAUCAACAAAUGCCGCAACCACAUGGGACACAGCCGUCGGCACAGUAUCCACAAAUGCCAGCUGGUCAGUUGCCAGUUGCUGGCAGUGAUCCACAAAUGGAUAUGGGUGUGAUCAAUGCUGCCAUACAGGCUGUAAUGCAUAUGCAACAUCGGUUGCCCGAUGAGCAGCAGCAAAUGUCGAUGCCUAUGCCAUCACAACAACAAUUGCAGAUGCAACAUCAUCAGCAGGCACAGCAGCAGCAGCAACAGGCGCCGCUACCGCCAUAUGUACAGAUGUCACCACACAACAUGCCACAACCGGAAGGUGGUGUCGAUAUAGGACUGCUGAAUGCUGCUGCAUUACGUUGUGCAAUGCAGCAACGAGCUGAUGAUGGCCAUUCUGAACAGGAGGAUAGCGAUCUAAGGAGUGAUGAGUCGUCAAUGACGCCGCAGGAACCACAAGUGCCCAGUGCGCCCUACUAUGACUUACCAGCGGCAUUGAUUGUGCCGCUUAUACGACUGGAAGACUACACCUAUAAACCCUUAGAUCCAGCGGACAUAAGAUUGCCGCCGCCAGCGCCGCAAAGCGAACGUCUGACAAAUGCAUUAAAUGCCUUCUAUGCGGCACCUUCCCAUGAUCGGCCCAGGGACAACGAGGGCUGGGAGAAGCUCGGACUCUACGAGUAUUACAAGGUAAAGAAUGCGGCGCGUAAGCAAAAGGAUGAGGAGGUAAAGAAUGGCACACGCGCUAAAUCCCGCUCACCCAGUCCCAUAGUGCUUGAGAAGAUUAAAAAGUGCAACAAACGCUGCUAUCGCUCGAGGAGUCGUAGUCGCUCGCGUUCGCGUACGCCCAUCGUCACCAAUAGAUCCCACUCGCGGUCCAAAUCGCGAUCACUAGAACGUGUAAUCACACCGCCACCACUACCACUACCACAACCGCAACCACAACGUAAUCGUGGUGGGGCUGGGGGUAGCAAUAGCAAUCGCAAGAGUCGCAAUCGUUCGCCACGCCACGAGCGUGACAGAGAGAAUCGUGGCGAGAAAAGCAAUAACAACAGCAGCUGCAAUGGGAAUGGCAAUGCUGUGAACAAUUCCAGGCGAGUGGAACGAGAUCGUUCACCCACGCCACCUAGUUUUUUUGGCAGCAGCUUUGCCAAACCGCAAGAAUUUAUUGAGGAGACCAACAAGGGCCAUCAGAUGCUAAUGAAAAUGGGCUGGGCCGGUACGGGCACAGGCUUGGGCUCCAAGAAUCAAGGCAUUGAUACGCCCAUUUCAGGCGGUGAGGUACGCGAUCGCAAGGAUAUGUAUAAGGGCGUUGGUAACAAUCUAAACGAUCCCUUUGAGCGGUUCCGUAAGAACAAAGGAGCUGCAUUUGCGCAUCGGAUGAGUACAAGAGAUUACAAAACUUAAAAAUUACUUUUCUCCUGGCAAAGCUUAAAGGCAUUUGUUUUUUUUUUCCUCCUGCUCUCAAUAAAGUUUUUUUAUA